CUGGUCUAAUGUUUUAGUUUUCUUUGUUAAAAUGUUUUAUGCAGAUAAAAUACAUAAUAAAGCACUUGGAAUAGACAUAAGACUAAAGAGACAUAACAUUUAGCUUAAAAUAAAAAAAUUAUUUCAGCCUAUUAAACCUGCUUUGGAGGGACUACUAGUCCCAGAUAUUUUGUAUGUUUCCUCAUCUGAUUCGUCUCAUUAGCUCAUUAGCAGAAACUUGAAUGCCUGAAUCAGGUGUGUCAGAUGUACGCUGCAUCCGAAAUCGCCUACUUUCAUAUUAUCAAGUACAUAAAAGGCAUUAUUUGAAAAACAGUAGAAAAAGAUACCUAGAUGACCUAUACUUUUGGCAAGAUUUUGAGGAAUGCAUUAAUGCCCACUUUACUAUCCUGUGAGCCCAGGGAGAGGAGCCACCAACUAAAGAAGAUGAAGGAGAGCCGUUGUCAUAUUUAAAAAAUGUCGGAAAAUGGUGGCACAACCAGGCCUUGACAUUAACUUUUUUGCUGACCAGCCAAAGUGGCUAGUUGUUUUCCAAAGUUACUAGACACCUAACCUUUUUUACUGGCCACAAUUUUUAAUGAUUAACAUGACUUUGGCAUCCUAAAAUGACUGUAAUUUGAGUAAUUUUAUUAGCUGGUAUAUCAUUGUAUUCAUGUACAUGGAUUUUACUGUCAACUUGUUUAUGCAGAUUGCAUUUUAUAAGCUUGAUCAUGGGUAUAACAAAAAUUGUUAUGUAAGUGUUCGAACACUUACUUUUUUUAAGUUGAACCAACAAAUCUUUUUUUUUACUUUGCAGCUGAUCCUAACAUCAUCCAAGUUAACAGCUCACUUGUUGUUAUGACAACAUAAUAUGUGAAAAUUUAUCAGCAUGGUGGAUAUAAUACUUCUGAAUUUCAUUCAUACUACCCAUAUUCAAGCCCUGGUCUAUAUUAAAGCAACACUAUGUAGUUUCCAUGUAAAAAUGACUCACAGCUCCCCCAUGUGGUUGCAAAGCGCAACAGUACCUGGUAUCAGACACUCUUCUGCAGGCAGGGGGAGGGGCGGGGCUGUGUUUCCUACCCUCCACCGCCACUUUCAAAGUGUGCUUGUAGCAGCUAGGAGGCUGCUCAGAUUGCAGCAACAGUACAAUUUGUCCAGUUAAAAGUUGUUCUAUCAAUGAAAUAAUUUUAGAGACAUUAUUUAAAGGUAAAAAAAACUACAUAGUGUUGCUUUAAGUCAAAUAACAAAGAGGUGUAAAUUAGUUGUUCCAGUUAUUAGCAGAUGUGUUAUGUGUACAGAUCUGUUCAUUCAUGAUGUCGGUGUGUAGGAUAAAACGGCUAAUUUGACUUAAAUUUCAGAGGUUAUUUUUUUUUUUUUAGGAAAAUGAUGAGACUUUACAUAUUGUUUUACACAUAAAUUAUAUUCUUCAUACUUCAAAUGAGAAUUUUGAUGUUGCUGUAACUGCAGAACACAGCCUGUGCCACAGAUCAGGGUUAUUUCAUAAGUGUUUAUUUGCAUUCACUCUUGUAACAUCUGUAAAAAGAGUUCACCGCCUCAGGCAGCACUGCGGCCUAUUUAAAAAAAAAUUGUUGCAUCAAGCAUUGUUUCUGUGUUGAACAGUAAGAUACAUUUGUAAAUUGAGUCUGUGUGUUAGUAGUAUUUUAAAGGAGUAGUCUCUUCUUAUGUCUUGACUCUAAUAUGCAUUGGAGCAUGAGAGGCGGCCUCGGGUGGUUGCCAUGGAAAUGGCCUUAGCCUUGAAGGGAAAUAAAGUGGAGUGCCUAUCUGAAUAAGCCCACGUGAUUGUUACGGUACGGGUGAGUGUGUUUGUAUUUGAGGACAGUCAUGCCUCUUGUGAAGAGAACCAUCGAGCCCAGGCAUCUGUGCCGGGGAGCCCUGCCUGACGGAGUGACCAAUGAGCUGGAGUGUGUUACAAACAGCACGCUGGCGGCCAUCAUCAAACAGCUCGGAGGACUGAGUCGACAUGCGGAGGACAUAUUUGGAGAGCUGUUUAAUGAAGCCAACAGCUUCUACAUGCGCAUGAACAGUUUACAAGAGCGCGUCGAUCUGCUGGCGGUGAAGGUCACACAGUUGGACUCCACAGUGGAGGAGGUCUCGCUACAGGACAUCAACAUGCGAAAGGCAUUCAAGAGUUCUACCAUCCAGGACCAACAGGUGGUUACCAGAAACUCUAUUCCUAAUCCUGUCAUGGAGGUGUACCAGCGCUGUGACAAACCACCUCCUCUAAACAUCCUCACACCUUACAGGGAUGACAAAAAGGAUGGGUUAAAAUUUUACACAGAUCCAUCCUACUUCUUUAAUCUUUGGAAGGAAAAGAUGCUACAGGCCACAGAAAACAAGAGGAAGGAGAAACGAAGGCAGAAGCAAGAACAAAAACAUACGGAAGACCCCACUCGUGAGGUAAAGAAAGUUCGUAAAGCUCGUAACCGCCGUCAAGAGUGGAACAUGAUGGCGUAUGAUAAGGAGUUCCGCCCGGACACUCGUCUAACACCCUCUCCUUACCACGGCAUGUCCUCUGAGGGCUCACUUUCACCUGAUAGGUCUGGUAUGUCGGAUGAACACUCGUACCCGGCUAGUCCUAACCACCCACAGGACACUGGUGGAGCAGGGGUUGAUGGGAAAGACACAGGCCCCGCACAGACUCAGUCACUGGACCGAGCGUAUCGGCCCCCCGCAUCAUCCUCGGCAGCAGCUCGACAGCAUUCUUUGGGUCGUGUGCAGGGACACCACGGACCUCCGCCAGACUCCUCUCUCAACGGACCACGCCCAACAGCUGCCAAAGAAUACAGCGGCCAUCAACUACCCGAGCAUUUUGUCCCACCUGCACCUCCUCCACCCCCACCCCUCAUCCCCUCAUCUCAGACUGCAUUUGACAGCACGUCUGGACCUCCAUCACUGGCCCCGGGUACCGUUGCUAACCUCACACGACCCUACAGUCCAUCUCCUCCUCCUGCACCUCCUUCCGCCUACUCCUCCUCCCCUUCACAUCCUGUGAUGGGCGGCCCACCGGUGGCCCCACCUCCUCCUCCGCCAGGCCCUCCCACCCAUGCCCCAUCCCCAGGCCGGGUCACACACCCAAGUGGAGAGUCCACUCUACCCAGGAAGGGCCAGGUGCCACUUAUCCCCAUGAGCGACGCGCGUAGCGAUCUGCUGGCUGCCAUCCGGAGAGGCAUCCAGCUGCGUAAAGUGCAAGAGCAGAGAGAGCAGGAAGCUAAGAAAGAGCCAGUAGGCAACGAUGUGGCCACCAUUCUGUCCCGACGCAUCGCAGUCGAAUACAGCGAAUCGGACGAGGACUCUGAGCCAGAGGAGAACGAAUGGUCCGACUGAGGCAAGGGGAAGACAACCGCGACCGCUCACCAUCACGAUGCUGCUAUUUCCCAUAACUGCACAUACACAUCGCUGUCCUCAGAAGUACAGAGCUACAGCCAGAGUCAGAUGCUAAGGAGGUCACGACUGAACCGUAGAAAGAAGUAAUGAGAGUUUGUGCAAUAAAAAGAAUAUGGUACACAGGUGAAGUGCAGAAAUAGACAAUAUUUGUGUAAGCUACAUAUUUGUAGGUGAAGCACAUGAACUUUCAAAAUACAGAGUAUCUCAUAAUUCCAGCGCGUAAGCAUUUAUUUCAGAGUUGCUAAGAAAAUGAAGUAUUUGUGUGAUUUUGAGUAUAUUUUUGGGAAUACAUAUCCGUCUUUUGUGGUACAUGAAGAUUGUCAGCAGUGGUAUUAGCACUUGUAUUAACUUUGUUAAAGGUCAUUGCUAAUGUAUUGUUACUAAUACAAAUUUAUUGGCCGUAUAUUUGGUUUGUGUAAGAUGCCCUGAGUGCAGUAUGGACAAUCAAAUCCUUAGUAUAUUGUAGUAAAUAUUAUUAACUUCAGACUCUCCAUUUUAAAAAAUGUUGUCACUUUGUUCAAUUGUGGACAGUGUUGUGAUGAAUAUUUAUACCCCAGUAUAACAGUGAGUAAUUGUAUUAAUGGUUUAAAUAUUUGCGUUUAUUCUUUAAUGCACAGAUGUGGCCAUUAUACAUUGUUACCGCUUGCAGUUGACUAACAGUGUGUUUGUGUGUGACUAAAUGUGUCUGAUAAAGUGAAAGAAAGACAUUUUAUUUUUCUAUUGUGUUUUCGUCCUCAAAAACACUUCGACAUGUUGACACACUGUUUCAUGACUAAAAAAAGCACUGCUGUCAGAAGAAGAAUAUUGUUUGUCAAUACUCAGUCAUUUAUAAGCAUUUCCAGUGUCUUUUACAAUUUCUUGUUGUAUUUUUGUAACACUGCUUGAAAGAAGGAAUUAGCAAUCUUGUGUAUUGAUGUCCGUCACAAUGUAAAAUUAUAGCUUAAUAUGCAUGUAUGAGUAACAAAUAAAACAAAACAGCCUUAUAAUCAUAA